GCGGGCGGCGGCAUCAUGGCGGACAGAGACAGCGGCAGCGAGCAGGGCGGCGGCGGGGGCGCGGCGGGCGCCGGGGGGCCGGGCGCGGGCGGCGGCGGCAGCGGCCCGGGCGGCGGGCUGCAGCACGAGACGCAGGAGCUGGCCUCCAAGCGGGUGGACAUCCAGAACAAGCGCUUCUACCUGGACGUGAAGCAGAACGCCAAGGGCCGCUUCCUCAAGAUCGCCGAGGUGGGCGCGGGCGGCAACAAGAGCCGCCUGACGCUCUCCAUGUCCGUGGCCGUCGAGUUCCGCGACUACCUGGGCGACUUCAUCGAGCACUACGCGCAGCUGGGGCCCAGCCAGCCCCCCGAGCUGGCGCAGGCGGCCGACGAGCCGCGGCGGGCGCUCAAGAGCGAGUUCCUGGUGCGGGAGAACCGCAAGUACUACAUGGAUCUGAAGGAGAACCAGCGCGGGCGCUUCCUGCGCGUCCGCCAGACCGUGAACCGCGGCCCCGGGCUGGGCGCCACGCAGGGCCAGACCAUCGCGCUGCCCGCGCAGGGGCUCAUCGAGUUCCGCGACGCCCUGGCCAAGCUCAUCGACGACUACGGCGUGGAGGAGGAGCCGGCCGAGCUGCCCGAGGGCACCUCCUUGACUGUGGACAACAAGCGCUUCUUCUUCGACGUGGGCUCCAACAAGUACGGCGUCUUCAUGCGGGUGAGCGAGGUGAAGCCCACCUACCGCAACUCCAUCACCGUCCCCUACAAGGUCUGGGCCAAGUUCGGCCACACCUUCUGCAAGUACUCGGACGAGAUGAAGAAGAUCCAGGAGAAGCAGCGGGACAAGCGCGCCGCCGCCGCCGCCGCCGCCCCCGCCGCGGGGCCCGAGCCGCCCGCCGAGCCCGACCCCGCCGCCGCCGGCGCGCCCGGGGCGCUGCUGCAGCCCGAGGAGCCCGAGGAGGACUGACCGCCCGCCGCCGGACUGGCCCCCGCCGCCGGCGGGAGAGCGGCGGGCGGCGCGGGGCGGGCGGGCCCGAGCGCCCCCCCCGGCGCGACCCCCGCCCCGGGACCCCGCGGAGCCCCCGCCGCCGCCGCGCCCACCGCUGGAUGUUCCUCACUCCCACCUAUCAAACAACUUUUACCAGUAAAUAUCGGUUUAUUCCUGAAACCAGAAGCCCUAAACAUACCUUUGUUCCUAAGGUCAGUUGUCAUUUUGUCUCUCUCAUACCCCACUCCCCCAGUAAACCCAGCAGGCGAUUGAAAAGAUGCCCAGUUUUCUUUCUACUUUUCCUGCUCUGUGUCUCUGGGAACUGGAGCCACGGGACCUAGAGCCUUCUGUUGGUAAUGUAGACCUGAGUUUGCAAAUUAUUCUUUGACCACUUGACCAUUUUAAAGCCUGCUUUUAAGGACCGAGGCGUUCCCACCUGCCUGCUGUGGGAACUGGUAGGAACCCCUCAAAGGCACAAAUUGCUUCCCUUCUCCAAAGCCUUCGGGUAGGUCUCUCAGCAACGUCUUCAGGCUUGGGGCUGAGAAGAUAAUUUACAAAAAAAUAUACAUUAAUAAAUGCCAUUUCUUACAGAGAGCAGGACUGAGGGAGGGGAGGGCGGGGAAGGAAUUGGAAAAUUAUUUUUAUUCCCUCAUUUUUUUCUAAUUUACCAGUAGAAAGUGAGAGGGAUGUGAGGAGGAGGGAGAGUCGAACAUUGCCCCUCCUAAACUCAGUGUAAACUCUUCCUCUGAGGCUGGGAGAAAGGGCAAGUGAAAUGUGUGAUCCUUCAAAGGACACCUCUGGGUGACUGGGGCCCAAAAGCAGACGGCGCUUCUUAAUGCCAGGAAUCACUGAAGGUCAAUUUUAUCAGUUUAUAAACCAGAGUUUUGGUUUAUACCAAAACAAUUUGCCCUGGGAAUGUUGAAGCCUCCUUUUUUUUUUUCUCAAUAGUGUCUGCAACCCAAACCUGUGAGCAAUAGAAAAUAAAUUGACUGCACGGUCCCAGACAAAUUUUUUUCUCCAAAGCAAAUAAAAUGCAAAUAAGCCCAACCCGGCACUGACCCCCAGAAAAAGGUAGCCUCCCAAAAAAGCGAGUAUCCCCAAUGACUCAUCUGGUUUAUCAUAGGUGGUUAGUGAGAGCGUUUUUGGCAUAGCUGCAGCUGAACUAUGUCCCUUCAGGGAGCACCCGUGGCUGUUUCCUCCUCAAAACCCAAAAGCUGAGGGGUUUGAGAGCCGAUGGAAGCUCCGGCAGCCUUAGCUGGAGUCCCGAAGGAGGGGAGCCUGUCCGGUUGUGCACCUUGAGCUGAACGCUGCCUUUCCUCCCCUUUUGCAGCCUGGGUGGUUCUGUAACACAGCUUUAAUCUGAGCAAACGAGGCUGGUCCUACACAGUCUGCAGACCCCUUGCGGAGGACGCCUGUCAUCCGUUUGUACUCAGAUGCUACACCCCACCGCCAGAAGUCACUUCUUUCUCUUUCCAAGGCAGUGGUAGAUCACCCUCUCUAGCUCACACGGAAAAAAGAAUUGCAAUGCAACUUUCCAAUAAAUUGUUCAUAUAUUCAUAAUUCUAUUGCAAUCCCAAAUUGCAGAAGAGAUCUGUUAAAGGUAUAUAUUAGUCUAGAGUUUUUCUUAUUGUAAAUACUGUAAUUUUAUAAUACUGUCAAUAUUUUAUUAACUUAGAAAUAUUUAACAGAGUUUAAUCUAUGGUAGUUGAUUUUUUAAUAGGUUUAUGUUGCAGCCAAUAUUGCAUUACAUUCUAAUGUAAGAUUAACUUUCAGCCUGUAAACACUGAUGUAAUAGAUCACUGGAAAGAUUAAGAAGAGAGAAGACUCUCGCUCUUAAUCUGUAAUAUUUAUUCCCCAAUUCCCAUUUUGGAAUUACUUAACCAACUAUCAGGAGAUUUCAAGAGCUCGUGAAUCUGAACAACUGCAGUGGGACUGGAAACUUGAAUCUUGGAAUGUACCUUUGUCCCCCUGUGCACAAGUUUCCUUUGGUUCUCUGAUCUCUUGGGUGCGGAAGUCUUUAUUUUGAGCAAAGGGGCACUCUCAGAUCCAUUGUGGAUUCUUGGGUUUUGGGGAGGAAAAAAAAAAAAAAAAGCAAAACUCCUCCCAAUGCACGUGAAUUCCUUUGGAAUUGCAAGGGAAAAAAUCCUUCUCUGGUUGGUUUGGGUGUUUGGCUGGAAGCAUUUUGGCAGCAGUUUGCAUCCUGGAGCCCCGAGCAAGGCGCAGUGUGGGAGUCCGGCCGCUGUGAGGAGUGGCACCAGGGACCGGGGAGGCUCUGCGGGCACAGGGAAAGGCAAGAUGUCCUGCUGGCCCUGGUGCCGGCUGCGGUUGGGGCACAGGGAGAUGGGUAAAAGUCUAAAAAAGUUGCCAAUUUUUGACCAAAGCUUUUGCUUUUUUUUUUUUCCAUCUCUCUCUCUCUCUCUUUUAGCCUGAUGGUGUCCCUUGAACAGCGUAAAGAUGUUCACAUUCUCUGAAAAACCCUUAGCAGUGAUUUUAAGGCAGGGGCAAAUCGGUCUGUAAUGUGCUUGCAUAAAAAUAUCAAAAAUAUAUCAAGGGUUUUCAUGGGAGUUGGUAUUUUUGGAGUGUAAAAGUUAAUCUUUAUUAGAGAUGUGCCAAUCUAUACUGCUUUAUUGUAGUGUUGUUACCCUUAGGCAUUUCAGUUCACUUACGAAUAUAUACUGUAACAGUAUACUUUGUACAGAUUUAUUUAAAAUUUAUUUGAAAACUGAAAUAAAGUAGGCAGAAAAUAAAGAUAUUUAUUUUUCUUUGACUAUGUAAGAAGGUAUCAUUCUUUUGGUUUUAGCGCACUGGUGUACCAAGCCUCAGAACCACUGCUUUCUCCAGAUCAUAGGAUGCUUUUCUGAGACUGUGGAUACAUGUACGUGUACUGCUGUGUCGAUAAGUAAAUGCCAACGAUGGAGUUCGUUACUUUUAUACAUCCCAAAGAGAAGUUCUCCACCAUUCACUUUCUGUUUUCUGACCAAACAGAUGUGUUGGUGAACAGUGUUCAUGCGAGUUCUGCCAUCCCACUCUCCCAUCAGCUCAUGCCAAUGCCAGGACAGGAGGAUUUGCCUGCGUCGCUGCCCCAAACCCCCCGGUCUGCAGUGGCAUCGUCAGGGAGAGGUUCAAAACACGUAUCCCUUGGGCUUUGUGUAAAGCAAAUGCAGAGUAAGAAAAAUUGAGAUGUUUAAUCCAUUAGAAUACAAAUUCCUUAUUGUACAAUAGAGAUCAACCUGCCAUUAAUAAUAGAUUCUUAUUUUUUGAAUGAUCUAUUUAAAAGAACAGCAAGCAUUGUAUUUGCUAGUAAAUCUGAAGUGUUUACA